AUGGAUACUUCGUCAUUAAUGCUGGCCCUCCAGCUCCAGCAUCAGGACCUAAACAUAUGGGAACAGUCCAAGAAGGGAAAGCAGCGCGAGGGCGAAGUGGCAGAUUCCGAUCUUGCUCUUGAAGCAUGUCGUCAUGAGCUUGAGAUGAUGACAGCUCAGAUCUCUGAUCAAGUAAUGGCCCUCAGUAUUGCGAGAGCUGUCGAGUCGGACGGGCAGCUCAUCAGAGAAGGUCAGUUGGCAGAGGAGCAAGCUGCAAAAGAUCGUGAAUAUGCGGUCAGACUGGCUAGAGAUCCAAGCGCAGCAACACGGCCAGAUGCUGAAAAGGGGAUGAGAGUCUCAAGCGUGGACGAGGAUGAGGAUAAUUUGAUCGACACCUUGAGAUCAAUGAACCUGGGCGGGUUCGAAUACUCAACUUCUGGGCAGCCUGAGUCAUCGGGCUGGGCUUCAUCGCGCAAGCCGCCUCAAACGCAGGAGUGCAUCGCCUGCAACGACCGGUUCCCGCCUCUUGCACUGUCCAAGGCGCCCUGUUCCCACGACUACUGUCGAGAAUGCCUCGUUAGCCUGACUCGUUCGUCGCUCCAGGAUGAGACUCUAUUUCCACCACGAUGCUGUGGUCAGAAUAUUCCCAUCGAACAAGGACGCUGGUUCUCGCCAGAACUAGUCGGGCAGUUCCAAGCAAAGAAGCUGGAAUUUGAGACCCCCAAUCGUACUUACUGCAGCGAGCCAUCCUGCUCAACAUUUGUACCACCAGCCUUUGUCUCUGGUGAUAGUGCUACCUGCCCCAAGUGCAGUAGAAAGACUUGCACUCACUGUAAGGGACCAAAUCAUUUUGGCGUCUGUCCUAGUGAUACCGCCUCACAGCAAGUGUUGCAGCUUGCAGCACAAAACGGCUGGCAGCAGUGCUAUAAAUGCCGAAAACUCGUUGAGUUAAAUUAUGGAUGCUACCAUAUAACCUGUCGUUGUAGCGCUGAGUUCUGCUAUGUCUGCGGCAAGAAGUGGAGGAGUUGCCGUUGUCCCCUUUGGGAAGAAGGGCGCCUGGUGCGAAGGGCUAAUGCCAUUGCUAACCGAGAUGGUAAUUUUGGCCAGAUGAACGCGAGGGCACGGGAGGCACGAAUUGAACAGGAAAGAUUGAAUCUGAUACAGAACCAUGAAUGCACGCACAGAACUUGGAACUACCGUGGUGGCCGUCACCGAUGCGAGGAAUGCCGCGACGUCCUUCCUCACUAUAUCUUCGAGUGCCCUCAGUGUCAUGUCAUGGCCUGCAGGAGAUGUCGAUAUAACCGCUUUUGA